AUGAAAGAAGCAGGUGUUGCUUAUAUUCUCUGGCUCGGUUGUUGCAUUGGUUUCUGCGGUUUGCAUCGUUUCUACCUUGAUUCCUUCCUCUUGGGUAUCAUUUGGUUUUUCACUGGUGGUAUCUUGGGUUGGGGUCAAUUGAUUGAUCUCAUUCUCAUUCCUGGUAUGGUUGAAGAUUGCAAUAGAAAGUAUGGUCAACCAACCGUUACUACUGCUGUGACCAAUGUCACUUACCAAACUCAACCUGUGGUUCAACAACCAUACGUUCCACCACAACAAGCUUAUGUUCCACCACAACAAGCAUAUAUGCCACCACAACAAGGUUACAUUCCUCCACAACAAGGAUACGUUCAACAAACUACAUACACUACAGCUACUUAUUAA